CAGAGCCGGGCUACUGUAAUCAGCAACCGAACAUCGUUGGCAGGCAGCGGCUGCUCGUUCACGGAAGAGCUCUCUCUCUCUCUCUCUCUCUCUCUCUCUCUCUCUCUCUCUCUCUCUCUCUCUCUCUCUCUCUCUCUCUCUCUCAGUCUCUCGUGCCGUCCCGGACACGUCUUCCUUCAUUUGAAGGGCACGGUGAAGGCACAGGACACACAGGCGUGGAGGAGACAUUUGUGUUUCUGAGAUGUAGCCUGCCUGGCAAAUCUGUCGCCAACAUCGCUUUAAACCCACCUGCUCCUCCCCUGUCAUUCCCCCAAGAAAGGAAGGAAGGAAGGCAGGAAGGAAGGUGCUGGGAUGCCGAUAGUUUCAUCUGGGAGGCGACUGGAAAGGAAAGCUCACUGAAUUUUCGUUUAACGUAUCACUCCUUCUUCUUCUUCUUGUGAUUCCUAUUAAUUGACAUCCUCCACCGAGGCUACCGAGCUGACCGGCUGUUACAUCUGUGACGGUUUACUCAAGAUCCAUCAAGCUGUAAAAAUCCUCAACACAGAAGAACCAAAACAGAAAUCUUAAGAAAUGGACAGAGAUCAUCCGAGCCAAAGCCAGACGCAAGAAGACAACCCGAAGGGAACAGCAGAAGCUUUAACAACAACCUCAGCUCCGGCAUCAGAGACAGCGGCUCUGGCCACAGACUCCACUUCCGGCCAGCCUGCAGGUCCUGCCAGGCCUAGACGGCCCCAGAGAAGUGCCAGAGUAGAGGGCUCUGUUGACAUCUCCGAACUGAAAGCUGAACCCAAAGAUGAACCCACUCCAGUGGUUAACCAGGACAAGUGCAUUCCUGAUGGCUCUGUGGCAAGUCACCCCAAAACCUCUCGCCCUGGAGCAGUCAAACCUUCAGGAGAGGGCACUGGGCCCACCGCCAAGGCUGGUCCCAAAGGACCGGGCCACCACCCGGUUAGGGCUGUCUCUGUCCCCCACCCACCAGCUAGCAGGCCUGAGGCUUCUCACCUGAACCCUCAUGCACAGAGAGCCUUCUCUGUAGCAGGUACAGCUGACACCCAGACCCAAAUUGUGGAAGACUUCAGGCUGCACAUCAUCACUUGGAACGUUGGUUCGGCCACGCCACCUGAUGACAUCACUUCCUUGCUGGGGCUGAAUGUGGGUGAUGGAAACACAGACAUGUACAUUAUCGGGCUGCAGGAAGUGAACUCCAUGAUUAACAAAAGGCUAAAAGAUGUCCUCUUCACAGACCAGUGGAGCGAGGUCUGCAUGGAGAGACUCAGCCCCUUUGGUUAUGUGCUGGUGACCUCCCAGCGGAUGCAGGGAUUGUUACUACUGGUCUUUGCCAAGUACUUCCAUCUGCCCUUCCUCCGCGGAGUCCAGACUGAGACCACCCGUACUGGCCUGGGGGGUUACUGGGGGAAUAAAGGUGGCGUGAGCGCCCGCAUGUCAGCGUUCGGCCACACCAUCUGCUUCCUCAACUGUCACCUGCCGGCUCACAUGGAAAACUCAGAGCAGCGCAUGGAGGACUUUGAAAGUAUCCUGCAGCAGCAGCAGUUUGAGGGCCAGGCUGCCAUCGGGGUUCUUGACCAUGAUGUGGUGUUCUGGUUUGGAGAUCUCAAUUUCCGCAUUGAUGACCUAGAUAUGCAAGUGGUAAAAUCAGCCAUCGAUAACAACAAAUUUUCAAUGUUGUUGGAAAAGGAUCAGCUCAAUAUGGCCAAAGACAGUGAGACAGUGUUGGAGGGUUUCCAAGAGGGGCCGCUAAAAUUCCCUCCCACCUACAAGUUUGAUGUUGGAACAGAUACAUACGACACAAGUGGGAAGAAGCGUAAACCAGCUUGGACCGAUCGGAUCCUGUGGCGCCUGAGAGCCACUGCUACUGCCGGCGCUGCUGUCAGCGCAGGGAAGCGGGGCUCCAUUUCAGGGCUGACCAGCGGGACCAAAGUGACACAGCACUACUACCGAAGUCACAUGGAAUACACCGUCAGUGACCACAAACCAGUCUCCUCCAUCUUUACCCUGCAGUUCCCAUACAAGGUGGAUAUUCCCCUGGUCACAAUCACAGUGGAGGAUGAGUGGAAUAGUAUUGCUGAUGCCACAGCAAAAUUCAAACUGGUGCCCAGCUACCCCCGCAGCUCCUGGGACUGGAUCGGACUGUACAAGUGAUUGUUCUGCCCAUCCCCGGUGGGUUUCAAGCACCAUAAGGACUAUGUGGGAUACGUAUGGGCCAAGCAAGAGGAAGGGGAUUUUAAUCGACAAGAACAGCAGGUAAUCUGGUUGCGUGAGGAAUUGCCCAAAGGCUCAGGGGACUUUAUCUUGGGUUACUAUAGCAACAACAUGAGCACCAUUGUGGGUGUAACAGAGCCAUUUCAGAUCCAGCUUCCCACUACAGGUCUUGACACCAGUUCUUCAGACAGCUCUGACUUCAGCUCAGAGGAUGACAGCACCGUUGUCCACAUGAAGACGAGGUCCCGCAGUCCCAGUCCACGCAAGGCCAAGCAUCGCAGCCAUCGCAGCCACAGCCACAGCCACAGCCACAGUCAGCGGUCUGGCAGCCCUGCACAGGCCAAAAUGAAAAUGCUCAAUGUCACUGGUUAUCCCAGCACCACCACAGCUGAGAGUGAGUCCACAAGACGUCCAGCAGAGGGCAGCAGCAGCCAGGUGUCUGCUACUGUGGUGAAAGAAAAAGACACCGAGGGUUCAGGGGUGUGAUACACAACCUAGUCCUGCUGUGUCAC